UAAUGUUGGACUUUUUCAUCCAGUACCAUCUUCAACGAGAGCACCUGGAAGUUCCGGAGCUUGAGGUUCGUACCAUCCCUAUUCGUGACCUCACCCAACUUCACUAGGGAUGCCUAUGAACCUAGUCGAAACAAUCAUUACAGCAAGAGAAGGAACUUGAAGUUCAUACCAGUCACUGGAGGCCGAGCCGAAAUUAUAACAUAGAAGAACUUCUGACUACUCGGAACCAUGAUUAUCGUCGCAAUAUUUUAACCUGGGCUCUUACGAUACGUCUGUAUGUGGUCGAAGUCAUGCAGCCCUCACUUGUCUUCAAGACACUCCUUUCCUUUAUUGUUAUUGCGGCAGCAUAUCCCACACCAUCGGGGAUGGAACUUUCUUCUUUAGCUAAGCGUGGGGGGUUUGGCUCUAACCUCGUUGGUUAUUUGGACGCUAGGUCCCCCAACGAUGUUAGUCAACCUAGCGUGCCAGGCGGCCCUCCCAAUAGCGACGUUGACUACUUGAACACUCGGGCCCCCGAUGAUAGUCGCUCCAGCAUUCCUUCCAACACUCCUUCCACCGGUCCUUCCACCACUUCUGGUGAUUCUAACGACCCCAAUCACACCAGUCACUCCAGCAACACUGCUAAUAGUGACACUGAGUACUUGAGCGUUCGGGCUCCCGACGACAAUACUAGUCACUCCAGCAAUUCUGCCAGUAGUGACGCUGACUAUUUGAGCGUUCGGGCCCCCGACGUUAGCAACACCAGCAACCCUUCAAACACUUCUAAUAGCAACGGCGAUCAGAGCGAUGGCGACUAGGAUUAGAUCGUGAAUCGCGAGGAGUAACCAUGUAUCUAAGAGAGGACAAAAGAGGGUUCGUGACUCCCGAGGGAUGAUACAACGUGGUCGGCAUCACGGUUCAUCUGU